AUGAACGCAGUUUCUGAAGUUGGACCUUGGGAGCUUGGCCUUUCCUUGGGAUCAGAAAGGCAAAACAGCGCUCGCUUGGCGAAGCACAAGCAGACUGCGCAGCUUGCAGUGGUCAAGCCAAUAUUGGGAUGGUCGCAAUACACUCCAAGCCAGCAAAAAAGCAUGGAAAGUGAGCUUGUUUUGCUAAGAUUAAUUGAACAUCCCAAUGUCUUGCAGCUUAUUGAUGUUAUAACCCAACAAGACCAAGUCUAUGUUGUCGUUGAGUACAUGCCUGGAGGAGAGCUUUUUGAUUGUAUGCUCCGGAAAGGAAGCUUUUCUGAAGAAGUUGCAGCGAAAUUUUUAUGGCAAAUUCUUUACGGUUUAGAAUAUUGCCAUAAACUUCAUAUCUGUCAUCGGGAUCUAAAACCAGAAAACCUGUUUUUGGACGCUCAUGGUUCUAUAAAGAUUGCAGAAUUUGGAAUGGCUUCCGUUCAAUUACCUGGUAACCUACUGCAAACAUCCUGUGGCUCUCCGCAUUAUGCUUCUCCUGAAAUUAUCAUGGGACGUCCGUAUAAUGGUUGUGCAAGUGACAUUUGGUCUUGCGGUGUAAUACUGUUUGCUUUGUUAAGUGGUCGAUUGCCAUUUGAUGACGAUAAUAUACGCUCUUUGCUUUUGAAGGUCUGUGAAGGUCAUUUUGACAUGCCGAGCGAUAUCUCUCCUCAAGCCCAACACUUACUAUAUCGUAUGCUUGAUGUGAAUCCUUCUACUCGAAUGACUAUGGAACAGAUUCGUGAACAUCCUUUCAUUAGUUAUCUCGCCAAACCUAAUAUUUCUAUCCCCAUCGUUUCAGCACCCAUCCAACCUGUUGAUCCUCUUAUUAUACAACAUCUUUCUUUACUUUUUUGCUGUUCAGAAAAUCCCAAGUCUUUGUAUGAAAGUUUGGCUUCACAAUCACCCCUCCUUGAGAAGACUUUAUACACGUUACUGAGCCGACACUUACAUCCCCCAACUACCGCUGCUAUAGAUCGUAAUCGUGCUGUCGUUAAUGAUUUACUUGGUACGGAAGCUGCGAAAAACUAUAUACUCGACGAGGAAGACGAGAAUAUGAAUGAAAAUGAAAAAGUAGUUCAAGGUCCUUCCACAACUCCGUUUUCCACUGCUUAUGUUACGGAUCCCAUAUUACGUCCGGCAACAUCUGCCUCCCCGUUUUUUCCGUCCAUGGCUGGUAAUGGAGUUAAAUACCCAUAUUCUCUCAAUAAUCACUCUUCUGUCUUUCAUCGCCCUGCUACAUCUACCUCCGCUAUGCACCAAGUUCCCAAGUCUGUAACUCCUGGUCUAACUACUCAAUAUCCUCACAUUCCUUCUGCAAUACCAAGUUUGCGUUCGACCGCGAACAUGCAGCAUUCCUUUGCCAUCCCCAAUAGUGACCCUGAAGGUUCAGGUAAUCGCCGAGCUGUUUCUCUAGACAUGUCUAAUGAUAAUACAGGAAAUGAUACUGAGUUACCAUUAAAGUCUGCUACCCCUUUUCCAUAUGCCAAUGGCUCAACUGAAAUAGGUCCUCCAAAAAGACGUGUCGUUUCCAGAUUGUCAGAAUACAACGGCAAAGCACCAAUGAGUUAUCCUUCUAUUAAUUCUGGUAAUUCAAAAAUGGCUCGCUUUCAAGUUUCAGAGCCAACCCCAUCUAACGAAAAUCAUAUCCACAAUCAACCGUUUACUAGCCCCAGUUUCGCAGCGUCUCGCAGAGUUCGUUCACCCAGCGGUGAACGUGUGAUUUCUAUGGACAGGGUAUCUUCUAUGGGUAAUUAUGAUUGUAUAAAUGUUCCUAAGCAGCGCCGCCAGUCUCUGUUCACCCAAUCAUCUUCUCGAAGGAAGGUUUCUGGGUCCCCGUUUCAACCUAAGAGAUCGUUUUUGAGAAGACUUUUCAGUAGUGAACCUUCCUGCAAAUGCAUCUAUACAAGUCUUAGUGCAGCCGAACUUGAAUACGAAGUCCUUGAAGUUUUAAGGCGUUGGCAAUUACUAGGAGUUGGUAUCGCUGACAUUUUUUAUGACGCAGUGAGUGUUUCGAUUAGUGCUCGUAUAAAGCGUCAAAACUCCCUUAACCUGAAGGGACUAAGAUUUCGGGUCUCUGUUCUUGCCGAAUUUUUUGGUUCUCAAGCCGUAUUUGUUUUGGAAAGUGGCUCUUCAUCUACCUUUGACCACUUAGCAACUGAAUUUCAAUUAAUUUUUGAAGAUAAAGGGUUCUUAGAUAAUCUGUCGCCUUCGCAUUUUCAAUCUGUCGCCCCUCGUCCAUCUUCGAGAUUCAGUGUGACGAACAGUCCUUUUGCUGCUUUUCGUCAACGUUACCCUAUUCAAAGUUGA